GGAUUCACAAGGACAGAGCCCCCGCUAAGCGAAGCUUGUUACGCUGACCCUGCCCUCCACCCUCCGAUCGCGCAAUUCCGGUUCUAUGGCAGAAUUUAGAGUCCAAAGUUUAACGUGCGCACUGCGCACAUAGCCGCGCACGGCCGAUCCCCUCACUGACUUCGCCUGGCUACGGUCCGCCACCAACCGCAACCAUACCUGUCAGGAGGCCCAUAAACGCCAAGCGCCCGUCGCGCUUCGAACCCGGACUGUUGUAACCGGGAACGUGUGCUCUCACCACGCGGAGUCCAACGCUCUACCGACUGAGCUACGGGACCGGCAAACAGAAAGGCUACGCCGCCAGUCAUAUAUAGAAACAGAAUAGACCAUUUCCAUAGAAGUUUCGAUAUGUAUGAGCAGCUUGUCUUUUUCCUCUGAAGUUUGUGAGCGCCUCAUUGCAGGGCGCCAAGUCUUGCGUCAAUUCCGCAUCAUACCUGCGACAGUUGAUAAGUCACAAUGGUAGGUAUAUUUAGAAACAGGAUGGGACAUUUCCAUCGAAGUUUCGAUAUGUAUGAGCAGCUUGUCCUUGUUCCUCUGAAGCUUAUGAGCGCCUCAGUUCAGUGAAGUCGCCGUCGCGCUGUGGUGUUUUAGCACCUGCAUCCGGCGCUGGGCGGCUGCCGAUGGACCGGGCCUGUUAUCGGGGUUAGCGCCACGAGGGCGGGGCGUGCUCUUGUCGCCCCAGGGGAGCUGGCGGCGGGUCAGCGGCGCUCGCCAGUCUGCCGCCGGUUCGGCCCCGAGGCGGUGUCAUGGUGCCCCCGAGUGGCUCCCCGGUUCGCGCGCCGCUGGCGGUGGCGGCGAUCGCAGUGGCAGCGGUCGCCGUCCGCGCCGCGCCCUGCCCCUACGACGCCUCGGCCGACCUCAACUCGCUGCUGGACCGGUCGCAAAUGCUCUGGAGUGAAUCUGAAGAACGGGGCGCUGGCUACAGCUAUCCCAUUCCCACCUACGCUCGAUGUGACCCGUUCUACGAGGGAGACAUCUUUCUAGAUGGGAUGGAGCCGUGGGCGGACCCGGAGCGCGGGCCGGGCCCCAUGGAGCCUGAGGUCCAGCUGUGGCCCGGCGGAGUCGUCUACUACACCACGUCUGUGUACGAUAGUAACGUGCUACUCAUUCUCAACAUCUCCAUCGCCGAUAUAGAAUCGCGCACGGCCACAGCGGCCGGGCCGUGCAUCCGGUUCGAGCCCUGGUCUCCAGGGGUCUCCGAGGACUUCCUCUUCAUCACCGACCAGCUCACCAACUCGUGCUGCUUCAGCAGCAUCGGCAGGCGCGGCGGCAACCAGAGCCUCAACAUCGGCAUCAAAGGCAACAACGUCGGAAACGCCAAACACCUGCUCAUGCACGCUCUAGGUUUUUGGCACGAGCACAGCCGACCAGGGCGAGACGCGGACAUCGAGGUCCUGUGGGAUAACGUGACGGAGGGCCUGGAAUGUUUCUUCGACAAAUACCGAAACGAGACGGAGUUUGUGCAGACGGACCCGUACGACCUGACCAGCGUGACGCACAUAUCGCUCAACACGUGGGCCCGGGAGCGCGGUCAGGACACGCUGCGGCCGCGCUCCCCCACCAACGAAACAGAUAUAGGCUUCAAACAGAGGCUAUCUACCCAAGACAUUCGGAGAAUCCGGGCCAAGUACGGCUGUCCCGUCCCGGAUGAAACCACCACUUAUCAGCCAACAACAGCCGAGCCAGUGACAACAACGGAAAGAACUACCACGGUCCUUCCAACAACAGAACUGUCGACCACGGAACAGUCGACUACGGUCCUUCCAACAACGGAACGAACUACCACGGUCCUUCCAACGACGGAAAGAACUACCACGGUCCUUCCAACAACGGAACAAACUACCACGGUCCUUCCAACAACGGAAGACACUACCACGGUCCUUCCAACAACGGAACGAACUACCACGGUCCUUCCAACAACGGAACGAACCACUACGGUCUUUCCGACGACGGAACGGCCGACUACGGUCUUUUCAACAACGGAACAAACUACUACCUAUCUGCCGCCCAGAGUCGUCUGCAAGGACCAGCCAGACGGCCUGAUGCUGGCCUAUCCGGACGACUGUCACAAGUUCUACAAGUGCAGCGGCGGCCGCGACUACGUGUGCUGCUGCCCACUGCCAUUGGUGUUCUCUGCUGAAGAGAGCACGUGCGACCACGAGUGGCACGUGCCGUGCGACACGCCCGACCAGGAGUCUGAGUGUCCCCAACAUCAUGUACCCGACUCAGCACAGUGCAGGUACAGCUAACGGAAACGCGCUGGCGAACUGCGCCCAAAGAUACGAUUUCGAAAAUCCGGCAGGUCUGUCCGUCAUCGACUGCCGUCGCCACACCGACUUCGUCAGCUGACCUGUGGCUGUCAGUCACGUGCUCUAUCAGCCAAUCACAGGCUGGUCCCGGGGUGGAAGUCUGGCCAAUCAGAUAAUUCGCUGAGCCAGGCAAAGCGCUGAUCUCUGGCGGCGCGCUUUCCUUGCGAUCUGUACAUCUCUGCAGCAUCGCAUAUGCUGGAAUAAUUGAUAGGGAUAAUUUCGGGGAGCAAAAAAACUUUUUCAAGACAAGCUCUGUAUGAGACUUUUUUGCCAAAGUGUAAAAAUAAAUGUUUCCCUUUAUUUCAAUGGUAAUGCGUUGUCAUGGCAGAGAAUUGACGUCGAGGACCACAAAUACAAAAGUGCGAUACA